AUGACUCUAGGGGUUAUUGUUCCAGAUCUGAGAGCUAGCUCUCCCGAACUCGAGUUAGAACUUCUAUCAAUGGAGCAGCGACUAGAUCGCAAUGAAAAGGAUAUCGCUUGGAUCAAGGAAGCCCUAAGCUUUAUCUUGAAGUGCCAGGGAUUAGAAGUGCCGCCGUUUCUUGUUGCCGUAGUUCGAGAAGAGGACCAAACUACCAAAACUGUGACUGAAGAAGUGGUUUUGCCUCUUGGGCAUACUGCCGAACAUGUGGCGAGCGACAGUUUUCAGGUUCCUCUUGUUCUUGUUGGAGAAAAAAAGGUCAAACCUGUGGAACAUUUCGUCAACAAGUUGUGGGUGACAUGGCAUAUGAAGCAGAUUCGGAUUCAAGCAGACUCAAGAGCCAGAGCGUGA